CUACUUCUCUUACCACCAGCGCCAGAAUCGGCAACAGCUGCAACGUUGAAGGCGGCUUUCAGCGAAACAAUCAGCGAGGUGCUCAAAGAGGUCGCCCUCCACUCUGCCGAGUCCGAGAAAGCUGCUGUUCUAGAAAUCGCUCUAGCCUGUCCACACCUGGUCGGAUACCGUAACAAAUCGCGGACCAGCCUGUACGCACAGACGCAAACUCUCCUCGCGGCGGUGUACAAGCUGAUCACCGUGACUGCCGCGCAAGAAAAUAUCAACAUCGAGGAUGCGGAUGGCGUUGAUGUCAGAGUGUUGCUUGUGGCAUGGUCGUCCGAAGGCGAUGAGGAGCCACCAAUUUCAACGCCAUAUGGACCAAUCGUCGACCUAGCGAGCCUGGCAAAGUCUGGGAGAACAUGGCAAUUUGCAUUUGGCGUCGAAUCCGAUGAAGGUGAGAAAAUGGUCAGGCAAUUCGUGACGGCGAAGGGCAGCACGGACGACCUUGAACGUGUUCCCAGUGGUCCAGUCUCAAACUCGCGGAACUCUGGCAAAGCAUCUGUCACCUCAGGGCAAGGAUCUCGAAACCACGAGUUGCACUACGAUGUCGCGGUUGGCGGAACCUGGGACCAUCUUCACAUCGGCCACAAGCUUCUCAUCACGAUGACAAUCUUCCUCGUUGACGAGCGCAAGGCAUCGGAAGAACGAAGCGCAGUCAUAGGAAUCACUGGCGACACACUACUCGUCAACAAGAAACACGCCACUCUCGUCGAAAGCUGGCCAGACCGACAACGAGCCGUGGCCACAUUCUUCAACGCCCUCAUCGACUUCUCGUCGCCCGCCUCGUCGACUGGCCAUCGUCACGUGAGCAUACGCGACGACCCAGUCGCGAACGGAAAGUCCGUCGAUGUCCACUACCCCAACGGCCUGAUCGUCAAGUGUACUGAGAUCCAAGAUCCGUUCGGACCGACGAUAACAGAAGAGCAGAUAUCUGCACUGGUCAUCAGUGCCGAGACGCGGUCCGGUGGACAGGCCGUCAACGACAAACGCAAGGAGCAGAGUUGGAGGGAGCUAGAUGUGUUCGAGGUGGAUGUGUUGGAUGCCGAGGACGAGUCUGGCGGAGAAGGGGUGAAGGAGGGAUUCGAUAGCAAGAUCAGCAGUACGGCGAUUAGGGAGAAG